GUUUCAAGAACACAUUUAUAUUUUGGUUGUUGCACUCUGCAGUAGAUACGAUGAACAAGUUACCAGUAGUCGUUCUUUUAAUCGUUGUGUUUACCCAACUGUUAGUACAGAUCGAUGCGAAAUGUGGACCUGAAGAGACCCCUGGAUGCGCGCCAUGCUGUCCAGAAGAAGAAGUAACGUGCGAAAAUAAAGUCGCGCAGAAAUGUCCAGGAGUUUGUUCGGUUAUAUGUAAACUACAAUGUAACUGUAAAAGCGGGUAUUUCAAGGAUACAGAAACUGGAAAAUGCAUAAAAGAGUGUCCAGAAGAUGAUAAGUAAUACGUUUUAGGUUACGAUAUAUGACAUGCUACACAACAAUACAAAAAAUGUGCUCAAAAUAUUUGUAAUUAUGAUAGACUGUAAAUUUUUUCUAUGUUAUAGUUUUUAAUAAAAAUAGUCAAAAUGUU